UGUGAUGCAGUCAAAUCGUCCGAGCAAAAGUCCACCGAGAUCUACACAGAAAGAAAAGCAUGGCGGUACAGACCACCAGGUUGACGCUCCAGGCCGACAACUCGAAGAUAGCCAAUCGCACAGGAGACAUGACACUUUUCGAGCCUGCUGAGCCUUGGCUUCAAUGCCGACCGUACGACCGUACUAAACGCAUUUGUCAGAACAUCGGUUGCCAUGGUUUGCAGCAGGUUCAGCUUCUGGGGCAUGGAAAGUGUUUGUUCCAUGUGCGCUAUAGAUCGAAAUCCACAGACGGCCUCGUGACAUGAUUCCCGAUGAGAACAACCCGGCGCGAAGAAGCCGGGACCGAGUCAGCCUUGGCAUUUCAGGUCCUGAUCCGUCUUCGUGACAUGCUCAAAGAUUUUGGCAGCAGAGUUUUAGAGCAGUGAGUGAGUGAAUGAGUGAUUGUGACCAUUCCCGGGUCCGUCAUCGUCUCGGACCAGUUUUCAUUUCUCUGAAUUUUCAGCAACGGGAAGGAUUCUGAAGCAUCGGGUUACAGCUGAGAGCUCAUAUUGUAAUGUCUGUGCAUAGCAGCGGAAGCCCUGGGCAUGAUGAGCACCGCAGUCUAGUUGAGACUGCCAAGGAGACAACAGGGGCGAGAACCAGACAUGUUGUGCUGGUACAUGGAGCUUCCCACGGAGCGUGGUGUUGGUACAAGGUGGUCACCCUGCUUCUCCGAAAGGGUUACAAAGUUGCUGCGAUUGAUCUCACUGCAAUGGGGAGGAACAGAGCAGUCGCCGACUCCGUGUCUUCAAUUGAAGAAUUCGCCAAACCUUUGCUGGACUACUUAGAGAGUGUCACUGAGCAGGUGUUAUUAGUGGGACACAGUUUAGGGGGCAUCACAAUAAGUUACGCUAUGGAGCAGUACCCGGAGAAGAUUGCAAAGGCAGUGUUUGUCGUCGCUCGCAUGCUUCUCAAUAACCAAAGUUUCCUCAGCAGUUUGCCACCGAAUACUCCUGCGAGGCUACCUCCAGGUAGCAAAAAACUGGCUUAUGCAAAUGGCAGAUCAGCUCCACCCACAUCUGUCGAAUUUAAUCUGAAGCAGGCUGUAGACUUUUUGUACAGUGAGAGUCCCGAGGAGGAUAUUCAGCUGGCAUUGUCGUUGCUGAGUCCGCAACCUUACGUGGUCUAUCGUGAGACUGUUACACUGACCCCAGAGAGGUAUGGAAGAGUUCCCCGCUUCUACAUUAAAACUAGCAGAGACCGUCUUGCUCCCCCAUCUGAUCAGCAGGUGAGUAUAGAUCGGAACCCGCCAACGAUGGUCUUCACAGUCGAUAGCGAUCAUUCCCCAUUCUUUAGCACGCCAUCAGAGCUCACCACACUCCUGGAAGAGAUAUGUAAGAUGACCAUCGAGAGGUAGUUUGAAUUCAGGCUUUGCUUCAGCACAUCGUGGAAUUUAGUUUUGACUGUUCAAUUUGGUCUAAUUGUUGUAUACAUUUAUGUGAUUAUGGAUGUUUCUGCUCUAAAAAAUAUGAUUUCUAUCUACCU